AUUUGCUUGUUAAAUACGUCUCGAUUUGCAACCCAAUAUUUUGUGUCACCAGCAAAGGGCGGGGGCUCCAUGUCCUUCUCUAGGGUUCAAUAUAUGUUCCCUUCUUCUUCCUCUUUCUUCCUCAACUAGCUCUUCUCAGUGAUUGAAGGUAUUUUAUGCCUUCUAUGAAAUUUCUGAGCUGAGUUGCUUUUAAGAUUCUGCGGAGGUUUUGUUCAUCGGGUUAAAAUGCCUUCUUCAGAUAGUCGUGGUUCUUCGAUGCCAUUUGCCUCAUUCCGUCGUUCAAUUCUGAGUAUUAGAAGUGAACAGGUUCAUUCCUUGGAAUUGAACCAUGAUUCUAAUGUUCAGGAGAUUGAGCAGGAAGCAUUUCAGAAACUAGUGGCCACUCGAUUUCAGGAACUGUCGGUUGCUUCUGCUGAUGAUUUCCUUUCCAUUGGAUGGAUUCAGAAGUUACUAGAUGUGUUUACCAGUUGUCAGGAAGAGUUCAGGAUCGUAUUGUGCAACAAUAAGGAACUUCUCUUGAAAUCGCCUCAAGAUAAGCUUUUGUCUGACUACUUCGAUAGAACUAUAAAAGCACUUGAUAUUUGCAAUGCUGCCCGUGAUGGGAUUGGGAAGAUUCGACUCUGGCAGAAGCAUUUAGAAAUUGUGAUUUCUGCAUUGGAUUCCCGAGAAAAGAUAAUUGGCGAAGGUCAGCUUCGUCGGACCAGAAAGAGUCUGAUGGAUUUGGCUCUUGUGAUGCUAGAAGAGAAAGAAACUGGAACUGUUCUUUCCCAGAGGAACCGUUCUUUUGGACGCCACAAUAAGAAUAAGGAUCACCAGCGUCGUCCUUCUGGGCACUCACGGUCUCUAUCUUGGAGCGUCUCUCAAUCUUGGUCAGCAUCUAAACAGCUCCAAUCAAUUGCAAGCCACUUGGUUGCUCCCCGUGGACAUGAUAUAGCUGCAACAAAUGGGAUAGCAAACCUUGUCUUUACAAUGAACUCUGUUCUCCUGUUUGUACUGUGGGUUCUUGUUGCUGCGGUCCCUUGUCAAGAUCGAAGCCUCCAAAUUCAUUUUUCUAUCCCAAGGCAGUUCUCAUGGAGCAAUGCCCUUUGGUUGCUUCAUGGUAGGAUAAUGGAUGAAGCUAAGAAGCCAGAGCGCCGCAAUUCAAAUGGAUUGUUGAAGGAAAUAUAUAAGCUAGAAACAUGUGUCCAUCUCUUGACUGACUUGAUAGACUCUGCUCAAUUACCAUUGGCCAACGAUCUGAUGGAAGAAAUAGAAAUGGUUGGAGAAGAUUUAUCAGCAGUCUGUGGAGUUCUUAAGACUGACCUUACUCCACUAGAACGCCAUUUAAAGGAAGUAUUCAGAAAAAUUAUGAGUUGCCGGGCAGAGGGUCUUGAACUCCUGGGAAGUGCAAAUCAGCCUUAGAAUAUAUGCCAUCCUCAAGUUCUAACAAAAUGAAAAAAAACAUAUAUACAUUCCUAUUUUGGUUUUGCUGGUAUUAAAGAAGUAAAAAAGGGAAAAAAUCUAGCAACUAUGGUUUAAGCAGGUAACUGUUUGUAUGUACUAUUAUACCUUAUGUAAACCAGUUUCUGUUUUCAUGUUCUGGAUUGUGAUGGUUUCUAAAUUUUUUCAUUUUUUUCCUUUUCCUGGGAGGGGGGUGGAGAUGGUGUUUGUCAUGAUUAUACUUUUACUUGAAUGCAGCUAUUGAUUUAUUA